AUGACCUUUCUCGCUUUUUCAAGCACAGUGGAGGAGAAGGCUAAAUGGCUCUUUGAGAAGCUGAAAGUACGAGAUAUGCUACAGAUGCUCAAUCCUUCACCUCUCACUUAUAUUGAUUAUCUCUUUUGGGGUGAUUACGUUGAUCGUGGCCAACAUAGCCUGGAAACUAUUACUCUUCUCCUUGCAUUGAAGAUUGAAUAUCCACAUAAUAUACAUUUAAUUCGUGGAAACCAUGAGGCAACAGACAUUAAUGCUUUAUUUGGGUUUCGUACCGAGUGCAUCGAGAGAAUGGGAGAACAAGACGGAAUCUGGGCAUGGCACCGUAUUAACAGAUUGUUUAAUUGGUUGCCUUUAGCUGCUUUAAUGGAGAAGAAAGUUAUCUGCAUGCAUGGUGGUAUUGGUCAUUCCAUAAAUCAUGUAGAGCAAAUCGAAAACCUUCAACGACCUAUCACAAUGGAAACUGGCACAAUAGUUCUUAUGGAUCUGCUAUGGUCAUACAAAUAA